AUGAAGCCCUGUGAUUCACACAGUAAUUGCCGGAGGGUCGCGUCUACCAACAUCAUCCACUCCAGCUUAAUGGAGCUGAUUAAACUUUUUCUUAUAGUUUUGCUGCUUCUGACGAAUGUUUUCUGUGAAGAAAUGGAUGCUGACAACUGGAGGGAAGACUUCGAAGGGAACAAAUUGCCAAACUCUGAAGAAAUUCAAGAUAUAUUGUUCAGAAUGACUAGAAAACCAGGACACCGCCAAUAUCUUGGACUCAUGGGGAAGAAAGACUCAGCAAAAUCGCAGACAGCACGUAAACGGCACAGAUUUCAAACCUUUGUGGGUCUGAUGGGUAAAAGGGGCUUUCAGAACUCGGAUUAAGGAGCCCAGUGAGCUGCACAGAAGACUGGACAUCUGCAUGUGUUUAAUUACUUUGUAUAAUUUUAAGGCUGACGACAAAAAAAAAAAAAAAUUUGUGUCAUUAUUUCAUGAGCAAAAAUCCCAUUUAACAGCUAAAUUUCAGACUUUCCGAUGCUAAUCCUUUAAGGCAAACAGCGCCACUUGCUGUUGAAAUAAAGUGAUGAGAAAUUGUAAAAAAAAUAAUGAUCAAAAAUUCAACAUAUGAUGGAAGAAAAAGUUAUUCAUUAUAAUAGAACAUUUUUCAAAGAAACGAG